CACCAAGAACGCCUCAGCACUAAACCGCUGGGCAUAAACAGGCUAGUGUGGAGGAACUCAGCUUCCCGGAACACCUUACCAAGAUGAGCGACAACGAGCAACCUGACAACGCCAAGAGGAUUAAGCUGGAUGUUUCGGUAAAGGAAGAAAAUAAGUCCCCCAAAUUACCCGCCCUACAUGCCCACCGUAAGAAGAGUGAAGGUAUACUUUUUGGCAUGGGUAAUCCCUUGCUAGAUAUUUGUGUAAAUGCAGAAGAGGACUUCCUUGAAAAAUAUGAACUGGAAGCAAACAAUGCCAUCCUUGCUGGUGAGAAACAUCAGCCAAUGUACAAAGAAAUGAUAAGCAUGGAAAAAGUGGAGUACAUUGCUGGAGGAGCCACCCAGAACACCAUGCGUGUUGCCCAGUGGAUAUUGAGAAAGCCAUAUUGCGCAACAUUUAUGGGAUCAGUUGGUAAAGAUGAUUACAGCAAGACUUUAGAGAAGAAAGCAAAAGACGCCGGAGUAGUUGUCCGCUAUCAAAAACAAGAUAAACAUGAUACUGGAACUUGUGCUGUUGUAGUGACAAAGAAUGGGAAGUGCAGAUCACUUGUAGCUAACCUUGCUGCUGCCAAUCAUUUUAGCAAGUCCCACUUGGAAAUUCCAGAGAACAAGGCCUUAAUGGAAAAAGCCAAGUUUUAUUACAUAUCUGGCUUCUUCUUAACAGUGUCUCCAGAGUCCAUCCUGAUGGUUGGAAAACAUGCAUGCGAGAACAACAAGGUAUUUUGUAUGAAUCUUUCCGCUCCAUUCCUUUGCGAGUUCUUCAAAGACCCCAUGAUGGAGGCCUUUCCCUACGUUGAUAUUAUCUUCGGCAAUGAAACCGAAGCGGCCAAAUUUUCGGAAGUUCAAGAACUGGGUACAACGGACGUGAAGGAGAUAGCUCUGAAAAUUGCAGCACUCGAAAAGAAGAACUCCAAACGAGAACGUCUGGUUAUCAUUACUCAGGGCGCUGACAAUGUUGUUCUCGCUAAACAUGGUAAGAUUACAGAGUUUCCAGCUACUAAAUUGACUGACGAAGAACUAAUUGAUACUAAUGGUGCUGGUGAUGCCUUUGUUGGAGGUUUUAUGUCGCAACUGGUUCAAGGGAAGACGAUAGAGUCUUGCAUCAGGUGUGGCAUUUGGGCAGCUACAGAAAUCAUUAAGAGAUCUGGGUGCAGCUUCUCGCAAGAUGUUCAUUACCAUGAAUGAACUAUAUCUUCACUAAGUGAAUUUGGUUAGGCUUAUUUAUAAGCCAAUAUUUAUCUAAACUUUUUCUAUCCUAUUUCGUAACAAGCAGGAAUUAAUUUUAUACUGUAAAUUAUUUACAAAAUGCACCAGACAACUAAAUUGCCAACAUGCAUCAAUAUAAAAAUACUUCAGUUUGUGAAAUUGCCUUAAAGCUUAUCCUGUAUUGUUAUAUAAUAAAAGUUUUUAAUUAAAA